AUGAAUUCUGUGCUUACUCGGCCGCUCGAGGGGAAACCCCCGAUGAUCAAGCUUCCGGAGCCUGGCCCCUCAUCUUUUUUCCGACCUCGCAAUAGCCCUCGCAAUAAUGGGAACCUGGAUCCCUUCUCUCCCGUGAACGAGAAUGGAAGCUUUGAAUUCGAUCGAGUCUUGAAGACAGGGAGGGUGUGCCGUCGAGUCAAGCACAAGCAUGUCUUUCGCGCUUCAUGGAAACCAGCUUACCUCGUCCUCCGACCGAACCUCCUUUCCGUGUACAAGGACGAAGAAACCACCCGCCUCCGAGUCUCUAUUCCUCUCUCUGAAGUUACCGCCAUCGCACCCGUCAAGUCUCCGCGAUCAACCCGGCGGCAUGUGUUUGGCGUUUUUACCCCGUCGACGAACUACCGCUUCGAAGCCCCAACUGAGCGCGAUGCCGAUGAAUGGAUCCAGCGCCUUCGCGCCACGAUCCCCAGUGACGAGGACGAGCGCGCUCUCCUAGGCUUGACGAAGAAGCGCGAAACCCCGACUAUCCAAAAGCACCUCGUCGACGACACAACCGAUCACUCUGAUUUUGGCCGCGCCAGCUCCCCAGAACCUCGCCCUGCACGCUCUCCACAAAGCCGGGCCCAGAAGCUCCCUUACAUCCAGGAUUACUCGGGCAACGAAAUGGCUUCUUAUUCGGAGUUCUCUGAUGGGCCUGCACCCGCCCGCAACAGCCAUCUACGAUCUAUGCCAUCUAUACAUUCAUUGUCUCUGUCAGCCCCAGAAGAUAAAUCAGCAUUUCCGCCAUCAUCAUCUCUACCGUCGAGUUUUCUUCCCCGAGACACAGGCAAACAAGCAGAGCAUGGCAUCUUGCGCGACCCAGAGCGGGUCAUCUGCCAGGGGUACCUGCAGGGGCUGCGCAUCCAAGGGACCGUGCGCCAGUGGAAACGACUCUGGGUUGUGCUUCGGCCCAAGAGUCUGGCCUUCUACAAGGAUGACGCGGAGUACUCGGCCCUCAAGAUCAUCCCCAUGUCUCAAGUAUUCGAUGCUGCAGAGGUGGAUCCUAUGUCCAGAUCGAAAAAGUUCUGCAUGCAGAUUAUCGCCGAGGAAAAAACCUAUCGACUUUGCGCUCCUGAGGAAGAAUCCCUGGCGCGCUGGCUGGGCUCAUUGAAGAGCAUCCUCGCUGCACGCAGAAAACUGGACCCUGCUCUGGGCAGCUCUAUAUAG